AUGGCUAUGAAGUCUCUCAAGGGUUUUUUAGAUGAUCAAGGAAAUUUCAUCGCCAACAUUCACAAGGAUAUCAAAGGAAUGCUUAGUUUGUAUGAAGCUUCACAUCUUGACUAUGAAGGAGAAGAAAUUUUAGACAUGGCAAGGAAACAAACUAGCAUGUACUUAAAACAUCAUCUAGGAAACUUAGACUCAGUAAUCGUUGAAAGAGUCGGUCAUGCUCUGGAGGUUCCAUUUAAAAGAGAGGAUGCAAAUCCCAUACUUCUCGAACCGUCCAAGUUGGAUUUCAACAUGGUGCAAUCGGUAUUGCAAAGAGAUCUCCAGGACAUGUCAAGGAAGGCUGGGUAUGUGGGAUACCAAGGUCUUGAAGAAGGUAGAGCGACCAUUGGAGCGCGGAGGGGUAGGAUGUAUGAGGGGCGGAAUGGGAGUGGGGAUGGUGGUCUCCGGUGUGAGGGUGAAACCGAGUGUUUGUCGCAUCGAGUUCUCGUGGUGGAAAUGGAGACUGGUGUCUCAUUUUCGAAGGCUGGAGCAAGAAAAAAAGGAGAGCAUUUGCGGGGAGGGAAUCUUUUCCGUUUGAGCGGCUGGGAAGAGAAGAUGAAUGUUGGGCCGAGCUCCGGAAGACCAAAAAUUGGACUAUUUCCUUUCUUGGCCCGCUAUAUGAGAAAUCUUGGAGACCACAUGAAGUUAUGCUUCUUAGCCGUUUACAACGCUGUUAAUGAAAUGGAAUAUGACCACUUUAAAGAACAAGGAGAAGAUGCCCUUCCUUAUCUGACAAAAGCAUGGGCUGAUUUAUGCAAAUCAUUUUUACAAGAAGCAAAAUGGAGCUACAACAAAAUCACACCAUCCUUCGAUGAAUAUCUUGAAAAUGCAUGA